CAGACAUUACAUCCCACACUGGAGAGAAAUGGGUGGCUUUUCUUUAAGCUUUGGUUUUCUGUUCCUGCUUUCUCUCUUCCAGACAUGUUUACUCGAAAAUGUUGCUGUUACUGAUUCUUCUCCCGGUUUUAGAAAACCAAGAGAAGCAUUCGAAAUCAUCAUCGGCGGCGGCAUCAUUAUCGGCGGCGGCGGCAGUCCCCCGGCAGCUCCUCCUCCCGACUACCAAAAUUGCCCUCCUCCUCCUCCGCCGCCUGAACCGCUUUGCCCUCCCCCUCCGCCGCCACCGCCACCGCCUCCGAGCUUUGAAAAUUCUCGCCUUGAGAUUGCCUAUUAUACAAUUCAGAAGUUCAAGAAGAAAAUCAAGCAUGAUCCGAUGAACGUUACCAAAAAUUGGAACGGGCCUUAUGUAUGCAAUUACACAGGAUUCCAUUGCGCCGUCGUGCCUAGUUACAAUGUGAAGGCGCUAGCGAUUGUGAACUUCAAUCAGUUCUUUUUUGACGGCCCUGAUCUCACCAUUGACGGAUUCAUUGAUGAAUUACCGGACGUCACCAUUUUCCACGCGAAUUCCAACAGAUUCAAAGGCAAAAUCCCUAAAAACAUCGCCAAGCUUCCUUAUCUCUACGAGCUUGAUCUCAGCAGCAAUGGCUACGACUGCGAGUUUCCCUACGACGUCCUCGGCGCAACGAAUUUGACAUUCCUCGACCUCCGAUUCAACCAAUUCUCCGGCACGGUUCCGCCGCAGGUGUUCACUCUCGACGUCGACGUCCUCUUCAUUAACAACAACAAUUUCCUGCAAAACCUGCCGGAAAAUCUCGGCUCUACUCCGGCGCUUUACCUAACCCUAGCCAACAACCAAUUCACCGGCCAGAUUCCGGCGAGCAUCGGCAAAGCCUGCAACACACUGCGAGAAGUUCUGUUCUUAAACAACCAGUUGACCGGCUGUUUACCGGACGAGAUCGGACGGCUGAAAAAGAUGACCGUUUUCGACGUCAGCAAAAACCAGUUGACCGGCCCGAUACCCAACUCGUUUGCCUGUUUGGGCGUGAUUGAAGUCCUGAACUUGGGCCAUAACCAGUUCUGCGGCUCAAUACCCGAGCGGGUUUGCAAACUGCCCAAUUUGGGCAACUUUACAUUGUCCAAUAACUUCUUCACGGAGAUCGGGCCCUUCUGCAAGAAGCUGAUAGAUAAAAAGGUGCUUGAUGUGAGCAAUAAUUGCAUUCCUGGGCUUCCAAACCAAAAGCCCAAAUGUGACUGCGAUGCGUUUUAUUCGAAGCCCAGAAAGUGCAAGUCAAUGGGCCGGAUCUAUUGUGGGCUUGAACACCUUGAAUCCGAAAAGAAGACCGCUAUUCCACCGGCUGCUUCCCCAUUGUCUUAUAAUACUCUAAAACCACAUUGAUUGUGAUUGUCUCCUAGUAUAAAUAAGUUUUAUAUCUUAGUGAUGCUAUGAUCACUAACCUUAAUUGUAUAUCUAUCGCUUUCAUUUGUAGUCUUUCUAUUGUAUAACCAGUACUUCUUUCGAUUCAUUUUAUCUAUCUAAUUCAGUUAAUAAAACUCAACUGAAGUGUACAAUUUUAA